UUCCUUGAGAAAAGGCAUAACGCCCUCUCAAUAGCAUAUCCUCAUGAUUGCAAGUUUUAUCCUACGUAUUUUACGGUAAAUGUUUAUUACGGCAAUCUUUAAUCUGUUUGAAAAUUUUAUUUUAUUACAUGUAUUGAACUUUCAUCAUGUUUGUAACAGCAAAGCCUUGAGGGGUGUUUGCCAGUUUUGAUCGCAUACCAGGCCUCCAAUUCGGCUUCAGAACGGUCGUCGCUAAUAGGCCAGCUGACCAUGGCCUACACAAUUGGCAGGCAGCGAGAUAAACCAUAUGCCAGAGCGAUUUGGUGUUAUGAACGGAUUUAUGCGCCAAUAAAUCAUGACAAUUCACAUUGGUUUUUUCUUGUCAUCUAUCCUAGAGAAAGAGAAAUUGUUAUUGUGGAUAGCUUAUACACAUAUCUAACACCGAAGUUCAAGCAUAAGAUGAAGAAUAUGACCGAUGCACUCCCCGUUCUCUUCCAUGCCACUGGAGACAUUACUGCGCUUGAAGGGAAGAAGUGGACCGUCAGAUUCGAUGAAUCCGCGCCAAAGCGGGACAAUGGUUAUGACUGCGGCAUAUUCGUAAUGAAAUUCAUUGACAUUUUGUGUAGCGGUCUCACCUUGGAGAGAAUAGACAUGCAAAAAUUCACCUCCGAUUGGAGGAAGUCGAUAGCAUAUGAUUGCUUGUUUGUAGUCAGGAGGUGA